GAACAAAACGUAGGACAAAUGCUGCAGAGAAAGAGCUAGAGAACAUUGACAUAUCUGAAAGACACGGCGAGAGAGAGAGAGAGAGAGAGAGAGAGAGAGAGAGAGAGAGAGAGAGAGAGAGAGAGAGAGAGAGAGAGAGAGAGAGAGAGAGAGAGAGAGAGAGAGAGAGAGGGAUGUCAGCACAGGGGUGUGCCCUCUAAUAUUUUAAAUAGAGAUCUUCAAGGAAGUGUGUGUGUGUUUGAAACGGAGCGGAGAGCGAGGGACAAGUGAGUGCACGGCAUCGUGGGGACUGUGGUUUUUUUUAGCUUCUAGAUGUGGAACUUCAACAAGUGAUCACCUGCCUCAGGAGUCAAGGGUCCAGGCAGAGUAAACAUGGCGGGCUUCAGCUACAAGGACGUGGCCUUGAGGAGCCAGAAGAAGCUCCUGAGCAACGUGGCAUCCAAGUCUGUGGUGCAGCUCUUCAUCGACGACACAAGCAGCGAGAUCCUGGACCAGUUCUACCACGUCUCCAAGAUACACUCUGGAAACAAGGAGGAGGCCAAGAAGGUGGUCAAAGACCUGGUGAAGGUGGUGGUGAAGGUGGGGGUCCUGUUCCGUCAUCAGGCGUUCAGCCCGGAGGAGAUGGCUCUGGCUCUGGAGUUCAAGAAGAAGAUCCACCAAGGAGCCAUGACGGCUAUCAGCUUCCACGAGGUGGAGUUCACAUUCGACAUGGCCGUGAUGGAGGAGCUUCUGAACGGCUGUCAAGACCUCCUGCUGAGGCUGGUGGAGAAACACCUGACGGCCAAAUCCCACGGGCGCAUCCGCCACGUGUUCAGCCACUACGCGGACCCAGGCCUGCUCACGCACCUGUUCGACCCGCAGGGGGCGCUGUGGCCCUGCCUCGCCCGGAUCUGCACCGGACUCAACCUGCUGAUGGAGGAGGGGAAGCUAUGA